CAUGGAUGACUCAUAGCUGCUUAUACUCCGCGUGGACACCGGAUGUAAUGUGGUCUGUGUGUGUGUGUGUGUGUGUGUGUGUGUGUGUGUGUGUAUUUGUGUAGACGGGGCGAGGGUGUUUUAAAAGUAGAAGUUAGUAGCUUCGUAGCUAGUUCAAGUAAAGUACCAUAAGUACCAAAGUACCAUACCAUACCACCCUGUUGGUUCUAUUGCAAUACUGGCAUAUUUGGUAACGCCUAAAGUGACCUGUGAUGACUCUCACAGCUUCUGUCACACACACACCCCGAUUGCACACACACGCACACACAGACACACACGUACACUCCCCAGUCAUAAGUGAAUGACGGCAGGUCGCCAUGGAAACUGCGUUACGCUCAGGGCAACCGUAGAAGAAAACAGGAGCGGGAGGACUGAGUGGAGUAUUCAUUUCAGCACCACGCUCCUGGUGGACAGCUCCUGGAUGAAGUGGAGCAUCGCAUGUGUUAUCAGGGACAGAACAGCAGCAGCAGCAGUGUGGGUGGGGACUUCCAAACAACAAAAACCAACAACACCCUCACACCAUCGAGACGUGAAUCACGGUGGUUCCUUGAGGUUUGAUCCCGCUGCGAGACCAGGAGUUAAGUCAGUCGCUCUGCCUCAGCAACAGGGCAGCAGCAUGUCUGAAACCAAAUCCAGGCAGCGGUUCCACUGCCUGAAGCCUGAGCAGGUGGCAGUUCUUCAUCAGGUUCUGUCAGACAUCGUUCCCAUCCACGGCCGUGGGAACUUUCCAACACUGGAGCUUCGCCCUCGUGACAUCAUCAUUGCUGUACGGGCCAGUCUGCAGAAGCAGGGAAUCACUGUAAGAGACGUGCGUCUAAAUGGCUCCACAGCUAGUCACGUUCUGGUCCAAGACAACAGAAUGGGCUACAAAGACCUGGAUAUUAUCUUUGGGGUAGAGCUGCCCAGUCAGGAAGAGUUCCAGGUGAUCAAAGAGUCAGUGCUGGGCUGCUUGCUGGACUGCCUACCAUCAGGGGUGAACAGAGAGAGGAUCAGCAGUGCCACAAUGAAGGAGGCCUAUGUCCAGAAGAUGGUCAAGGUCUUCAGUGAGCACGACCGCUGGAGCCUCAUCUCGCUGUCAAACAACAGCGGCAAAAACCUGGAGCUCAAAUUCGUAAGCAUGCUGAGGAGGCAGUUUGAGUUCAGCGUCGAUUCCUUCCAAAUCAUUCUGGAUCGUCUUCUUGAAUCCUACAUGCAGCAGGACUCACAGUAUAAACAUAAUGAUGUUACUCUGAAGGACCAACCGGUGAAAACAAAAGAUGCGCCAUCUCUGCUUAAACAGACCAGCACUGCACAAACAGAAAAAAACACUGGUGAAGAUUUAUCCAAUAUACAGAAUGGGACUCAAAUAAGCAACACAGGGCAGAGAGAUGAGAUGCAUGGAAAGAAAGCCCGGAGUGAAAAUGGUUUGAAAUCAACAAAAGAUUCCACACAGGAAGGAAAUGACAAAAACAAAACACCCACAGAGUUAAAAGUGCACAGAGGAAACCUUAAUGAACUAAAGCCCGUGGCGAACACAUCUUUAAGCAUGAUAUCUGGAGAGAAACAAACCACUGAGAGCACUGAGGAUCAGACUAACCUUAAAAAUGAGGACUCGACUGAAUGGCCAGCAAAGGAGGAACCAUCAGAAACAGCAUAUUUAAACCACACCACAACCACUGUUGCAGAGGAAGUAGUCACAGAAAAAAUGGAAGUGACAAAAAGCACGCAGCCAGGCCAGACAGAGUCUAUAAGCCUGAUAGAAGACUGUAACGGCAAAGAGUCAUCUGAAAGAGUAAUGGUCUCUCAGCGAUUAAAUGAGGAUGACAGAGAUGAAACACAAUGCUUGUAUACUCCAGAUGAUGACACAUCUUUACAAGUGAGGGCAGAUGUUUUAGAGGAUGAAAAAGAAGUUGAGAUUGAGGUGCAGAUGGAAGCGAAGAGCAAAAAUGAAACAGAAUAUAGUGAAAUGUCGGAAGAGAGUUUAACAUCAGAGGAAAAGACAGACCACAUACAGAGAGAUGAUUGUUUCUGCUCCAUUUCCGCCACACCACUUUCACACAGCAACACACAGGAUACACACAACACACUCCAGAUUGAAAGAUCAGCUGACAGACUUGAUGCUGACAGCACCACAGAUCCUCAGGACACACCUGCAACACCUGGCCUUGUUUUUGACAAAAAGACCUCCUCUCAUUCUUGUAAGCCCUCAGAAAGACUCUCUCACAUGGUGGUGCUCAAACACUCGUCUCCUAAACCCCCACGUAGGAUGUGUAGGAAGGUUCCACCCGCUCCUUGCACUGGCCUGGCCUCUGAGAGUGACUCCAUAACAGCUUCCUGUCUAGAUCCAAACUCUUCCCCAGGCCUUCAGCCUGAUCUUAAUGGAAAUCUAAGUAUCGAGUCCAUUCCUGUUACGACGACUAGCUCAGAUGCCACAGAAACCAUCGACUUGAUCAUAAAAGCCAAUGGUUCUGAAUGCAACACAGCAAGUAACCCUCUGUCAAAUCUGGACUUGACCUUCACCCCUGAUCCCACCCCUGAUUCAAUUACUGUUCUACCUCAAGAGAUACCAUCUCAGUUGAUCAAAGAGGGUUUGUGUGAGACAAACAUUCAACGACAGGAUGAGCGACCACAAAUGGAUGAGCAAAGGCAGUCUUCCCCUGGAGAUUCUGCCUCGCAACUGACAGAGUUUGAAUCUCCCAAUAGCCUGCACUCAUUAGUUUCACAUGCAGAUGAGUCCUGUUCAAAUGUCCACGAGUCCACACGUACCUCAGAAGCUGAACUGAAGGAGGCGGAGGAGAACAUCAAAUUAUUGGCCAACUUGGUCGGGCCAAAUGAGAACCCUCAAGAGACCACACCACCUCAAGAGGCAACACCCCCUCACUCACUUUCCCCCCGCCACAGUACCCUUAUUUCUUGUCUCCCCCCUCCUGUACUCAGUCUGUCCCCUCCCAGCUUUACUCCCUCACCCCCAAGCAUCAGCCCCCCACCAUGCCUGACUCCUCCCUCUCCCUGCCUCUCAUCCUCAGUGCUGCACACCGUCAGCCCUGCUACCAGUUUUAGCUCUCCACCCCUGAGCUUCAGUCCUACCUCGUCUUGCCUCAGCUCACCCCCUUACCUGACCCCUCCUAUGCUCAGCCUCAGCCCUCCACCUCUUUGUCUAACUCCGCCUUCUCCGUGCCUCAGCCCUCCCCUCCUCUGCUUCACGCCUCCAGUGGAAUCAGCAGAUCCUACACUUCAGGUGUCAUCAGACACACCUUUGAUAGACAACACAGACAGUGAUGAACAGAUUACAGAGCUUUCUACCUUGCAAGGAAUCCCUGUUCUACAACUGGAGGAUAAAAUGGAGCAGAAUAUUGUUUCAUUGUUGCCGCAGCUUCCAGAGAAUGUCUCUUUUCCAAUCACAGUCCCGAGUGCAACCUCACAUGCACUGCCUCGCUCUCAGUGUGCAAACCUAAGGGAACCUAGCCCUCUAAAUUCAGACGAAGGAUCCAGCUCUGUGUGUGAGAACAAGGAGACCCAGAAAAAAACUGAAGACACGAGUGAACAUCGUGGAGCUCCUCAGGCAGCAGGCUGUAUCCCUGCUGUCGAGGUUCUGGCGGAGAGCAUGUAUGGUGACUUUGAGGCCGCCAUGGACCACCUGCGCUAUCGCUUAAUCGCUACAAGGAAUCCUGAGGAGAUUCGAGGUGGAGGCUUGUUGAAAUACAGCAACCUACUGGUCAGGGACUAUCGACCGGCCAGUGAGACACAAAUAAAGACACUGGAGCGCUACAUGUGCUCACGCUUUUUCAUUGAUUUCCCUGACGUGCAGGAGCAGCAGAGGAAGAUCCUGUCCUACUUGAAGAAUCACUUCAUUGGUGAGGAAAGGAGCAAGUACCAGUACCUAAUGACUCUACGUCGUGUGGUCGACGACAGCACCGUGUGUCUGAUGGGCCAUGAGAGGAGACAGACUCUCAACAUGAUCACAGUGCUGGCACUAAAAGUUCUAGGGGAGCAGAACAUCAUCCCCAACACAGACCAUGUGACAUGCUUCUAUCAGCCUGCCCCGUACCUUGCGGACCACAGCGCCCCCUAUUUAACAGAACCAAGUUACUGCAACUACUACAUACCCCAAGGGGGAUCAACUCUCCUGUACCAACCAUACCCCUUACACCUGCACACACAGACCGGACUCGUAUAAAAAUCAUGCAAACAUGCGUGGUUAAUUAUUUAAAAAAAACACAGCAAAGAGCAAAGCUGCAGGUAUAGGCCAGUUGGAGGAGAGUGGUAAGAUUCGCAGUUUGGCCUGUGUAAUAGACAUGUGCUUGUGAUUUUAAAAAGCAAACUCCACUGAAUAAUCUAUGAAGUUCUAACAAGAAUUAUUUUUCUGAUAUUUUUCCCGACAAUGCUGUGAGCACCCGUGAGUCCCGACUCUUUGGUGUCCCUGGGACUAAGAAUGGGUUUCUUCAUGGACACUCAAAUGCACUUCCACGUUCUUGAACUCUAAUGUAUUCUCCUAUUGUUACUGUAGUGUUCUUACUGGGUUUGUUUAGAUUGUGGACCUUGCCUGUGGUUAAUAUUGUGCAUGGAUAACAUGGGACUGUUCUCUCACUGCCAAAUACUGUGUGACUAUGUUCUUCAGACAGUUUAAUGUAACUUUGUUAAUUUAAUGAAGGGUUGAUUUUAAAGACGUAUACAAGGGUGGGUUUACCAUUGUGUACAGUGCUAUAUUCAAACUACAUGCAUGCACAAAUACGGACACACCUGUUAAGUAUAACGUAUGGAAAGUUAGACAACGCAUGAGUAGCUAAAUAUACAUCUAUAACACAAAGCAAAGGCUUUUAAUUUAAUUAACAAAUAUAUAUUUUUGCAAGACUUUUCAAGAUAAUACUCAGCGGUUAUCCUACUGGUUGUACACCAUGCCAACAAGAUUGCCUUUGCAAUAGACUGUACAGCAUAUUGGUUGCAGUAUGUUGUGUGUGAAUACAAUCCAUCGUUUUCAGGUAAAUUGUAAGGAAAUGUGCUGGAAUCCUUUGUGUAGUCACGUGUAGUACUGAACCAUCUCGUGGUUUGUUUUAUUUAAGGCUAAAGUUUACUCUACGGACUGGAGGUGGUCAGGUUAAAACCAUCUUUGGGUCAUUUCAAGAGCGUGGCAAACUGCUGUGACUCUUCCCGGCAUUAAUCACAAUCAAAUAUGAUAAGAAACCUGUUUCAGUCUAAUUUAAAGCAACAACAACUAUGACCAAAGAUGGUUGGGCAGGGAAAUCAAGUGCCUAAAUGCGAGACAUCCUUGCUAUGUCUUUAUCUUACUGAACUGGGGUGGGUCUGGACCUAGGUUACAAGUUUUGUGUUCAAUUGUUAACCCCUAUUACUGCUGCCUGUUUUGAUGUCUUCUUUAAUGUAGUCAUUUGUUGCAUUUGUUGUUCAUUUUUUUAAAUAAAGGGGGUACUCAACAAACAAAUAUGUUGAGAGAUUAGUCCCUUUGUUCUUAUGUGAUUUACCAUCAACCGUACGUCAGCUUUUCACCCCAAGAUUGUAUAGCUCAUGCAUCCGCCUACCCAUGAUUUGGUGCAGCAAUGAUCCACUUAAGCGUAACAG